GUCAAGAGUGCAGGUCAUAUCUGAUUAAGUUAACAGGCUUGUCCACGGAAACUGAUGAGGACUAUUUAACAUUUCACUUGGAAAGUAAGGAACAGGUGGAAGUGCAAGAUGUUAAGAUGAAUGAAGAUCAAACAUCGGCAAUAGUUAACUUACAGAGUCAGAUGGAUGUCGAGAAAAUUCUUAAAAAGAAUCAUUUAGAAAUUGAAGGUUCUACUAUAACUGCUGAGGCAUAUAUACCUGAAGAUUCAUCAGCCAUCGAAGUGAAAGGGGAUCCUGACAUAAUCAAUGAGGAUAAUGCUGAAAUGUUGUUUUGGUAUUUUUCAAAUACCAGUCGCUCUGGCGGAGGAAAUAUUGUCGAAUGUUCUGUUCAGUCUGGUGUUGCUCAUUUUACCUUCGAGACUUCAAAUGUGGCAAAACAGGUAUUGGAGAAAAAGAAUCAUAUCUUUAGGAAGCACCCGUUAGAUGUGAAACUUUUUAAACCAGAACAGACUUGCAAACACAGGAACACUUUACUAGUUUCGGAUAUUCCAGAGGGGAAGGGUAUCGACGACGAUUAUCUGGUGUUGUUCUUUGAGAAUAAGAACAAUUUUGGUGACAAUGUGCAUGUUACAAACACUGAAUAUGAUGAGCAGAAUGGAACAGCACUGGUGGAAUUCAGAGACCAAACUUCGCUUGAUGUAGUUUUACAGAGGCAGCCUUUAUCUAUGAAGUCCAAAGUUAUCAAAGUCAAUAUGUACCCUCUAAGGACUGUUGAUGGAACCCUUUCUGUCAUUUCCACUAAUGAAGAGCAAUUCGAAUAUGAAGUGUCUGGACGUGUAUCCCAACUACUAAAACGAGCUCAGAAAUUGCCGAGAGUAAAGAGUAAUAUACAGCAAUUUUUUCAACAAGCAAAGAAUGUAAAAGCAGAAAUGACAAAACCAAGUGUAUUUGAUCCUGGGAUUCAUUCAAAUAACCAGUCAGAUAACUGUAAAAAGGUACAGAUAACAAAUUUACCGGAUAAAGCAGACAAAGAGUUCAUAUUGCUGUACUUCGAAAAUCAGUUGGAAUCAAGUAAAUACCAACUUGUUGAUGUAGAAACAGAUACAGAAAAUGCGUGUGCUAUCUUACAUUUUGACAAACCAGAAGCUGCAGAAUACAUUAUUGAAAAGCAGCCUUUUGUGCUAAAGCAACAACAAGUCUUUGCGAAAAAGUAUCUGGCUUCGAAACAAGGCACAGUAAUGGUCAGGGGCAUUGAUGACAUGAACGAAAACAUUGACACUUUGCAGCUCUAUUUCAAGAAUGAAAGGAAGUCUGAUGGUGGGAAAAUAGCAUAUCUCCAUGUAGAUGAGGAAACAAAUUGUGCUUACAUCACAUUUGAAAAUGAACAAGUUGCAAAGCGGGUCGUGCAGAGAAAAAGACACGUGCUUCGUUCGAAAGAGCUUGAGGUAGUUCUUGUUUCAUCAAAGGAAAACAAGCCAUGCGUUGAAAACGAAAAAGAUAAACGUUACCACAAGAUACCGGAGAAUAACAAUGUCGAAAAAUUGCAAGUGGAGCAAGAACUCGAACGGAAAGUAUGGCUGUCGAAUGUUCCAGCUGGUACUGACAAAGAUUUUUUGAAAUGGUAUUUCGAAGAUCAGUUUGAUGGUGUCAAAAUUAAGAAAGUUGAAAUCUACUGUGAUAUUUCAUGUGCAUUUGUGGAAGUAUUCAAAGUGUCAGAGGCAAAAAUUAUUUUACGAGAGAAGGCAGUCAAAAUGAAGAACACAGAAGUAUCAAUUAAUAAGUAUUCUAGUAUAUGUACUAUUGAAGUCAUUGGGUCGACCAAUACUGAACUUGAAAUGGAGAAAAUGUUAUGUUACUUCAAGAACGAAAAACAAUCUGGAGGCGGAGCUGUAGUCAAACAUUCUACAGAUGAUUCUAAAACAGCUGCAUAUUUUAUGUUUGAAACACACAAAGUGGCGGACAGAGUGGUAAACCAUGAUCACCGUGAAUUUGAAAUAACUGUGUCUGUUUUGGGAAAAAAUAUCGAAAAUUGUAUGCCGAUUGAAACCAUUAAAGUCAAGGGAAUUACACAGGAGAUUACCAAGCAAGAUCUUCAGCUUUAUUUCGAGACAUACGAAAGGUCUGGAGGUGGAGAAAUAGAAUGCAUUACAUACAUAACAACAGAUAAUAGUGUAGCAUUAGUCAAGUUCCGGAAGGCAGAAGAUGCUAAGGUUGUGACAAAAAGAAGAAAGCACGUCAUUGAAAAUUGCACAUUGACCGCAGUACUGCAUCACCCUCCUCCAUUUUAUGAGACCAAAGUACUGUUAAAGGGUCUUGUCCACACCUCACCAAGUUUUGAUUUACUUGACUUCUUCGAGUCAAACAUGGGAUCAAGGCCAAAGAGUGUAACAUAUCAUUUGACAGAAGACAAUACAGCACUUGUAACAAUGGAAAAAAACAUAGAUUUUGAGAAGCUACAGAAAGCAUGUGAUAAAGAAAGAAGCCUUGGCAUAACAAGAGUGACUCAAUCUACCUGCAUUUUGAUUUCAAAACUUGGAAAUGAUGUAAGCACAGAUGAAAUAAAGUACUACUUUGAAAAGAAAUGUGGACAUAGGACGAGACGAGUGGAAAAAAUGGUACCGGAACGAUCGAAUGGGACAUGUUUGAUUUAUUUUGAAAGUUACCAGG